CUAAUAAGAUGGUGGUCACGGCCGGGAGGGAGGGAGCCGCCGCUGCCGCCUCCGCCGAGCCCGGCCCGGCCCCGGGACCCGUCCUCGCCUGGGACUAGCCAGCGGGGCCGGCGGGGUGGGAGGGCGCAGCCAGCCGGGCUCCCCCCGCCCCUCCCGGGCGGAGCGGGCCCCCCGACGCCGAGGCGGGCUCCCCGCGCCCGCAGUGCCGAGAACAUGAGUGAGAACUUGAAGGACUGUUUGAUCCAGACCCAGGCUUCCUUAGGGGAGAUGGUGACCAUAAAAACAGAGGCCUGCUCUCCACACCGGGACCAGGAGUAUGGACAGCCUUGCUCUGGAAGGCCUGACCCGCAGUCCAUGGAGAUGGAACCCAAGAAACUGAAAGGAAAACGGGAUGUAAUCAUGACCAAGAGCUUUCAGCAAGUGGAUUUCUGGUUCUGUGAGUCCUGCCAGGAGUACUUUGUGGAUGAGUGUCCAAACCAUGGCCCCCCGGUGUUCGUGUCUGACACCCCAGUGCCCGUUGGCAUUCCAGACCGGGCAGCGCUGACCAUCCCGCCUGGAAUGGAGGUGGUUAAAGAGCCCAGUGGGGAGAACGAUGUGCGCUGUAUGAACGAGGUGAUCCCCAAAGGUCACAUCUUUGGGCCCUACGAGGGGCAGAUCUCUAGCCAGGACAGGUCUGCAGGAUUCUUCUCAUGGCUGAUCGUUGAUAAGAACAACCGCUACAAAUCCAUUGAUGGGACAGAUGAAACCAAAGCAAACUGGAUGAGAUACGUCAUCAUCUCCCGGGAGGAGAGGGAGCAGAACUUGAUGGCCUUUCAGCACAGCGAGAGGAUUUACUUCCGUGCCUGCCGUGACAUCCACCCUGGGGAGAAGCUGCGCGUCUGGUACAGUGAGGAUUACAUGAAGCGGUUGCACAGCAUGUCCCAGGAAACCAUGAACAGAAAUUGCACAAGUGGAGACAAAAUGUUAAAGAAUGAAAACUCAGAAAAGAAUGUAGAAAAUCAAGAGGAUGCAAGGGGAGCACUCCAAUUCACUACCUUAAAGCAGGGGAAGAGCCCCUACAAGCGCAGCUGUGACGAGGGGGAAUUCCACCCCCAAACAAAGAAAAAAAAAAUUGACCUCAUCUUCAAAGAUGUCCUGGAGGCUUCUUUGGAGUCUGCCAAGUUUGAAGAGAAUCAGUUAGCAUCAAGUACACCACUUUCUCUCAGAAGAGCAUCUAAAUACCAGGCUGAAGACAUCUUUGAGCAGUGUGGCAGUGCCAUGCAGCAUGGCUCCCUGACCCUCAGCAGAAACCAGAGGGAGAGCGAAUGGAGGGUCCCUCACAGUUCCUCUUUCAUCUCAGCCAAGGACAUGAGCAUCCUUGAAGAUGAGGAAGAAGAGCCCCUGUCACUUAAAGCAGACAGCCCAACUGAGCUGUCACUGGCCUCUGCACAAGGCAACUCCCAUGAGAUCCCCACCACAUCCUUCUGCCCCAACUGCAUCCGGCUGAAGAAGAAAAUCCGGGAGCUGCAGGCUGAGUUAGACAUGCUGAGAUCUGGGAAGUUACCCGAGGCACCCGUGUUACCACCCCAGGUACCCGAGCUCCAAGAGUUCUCAGACCCCACAGCUUCAGAAAGCAUCAUCUCAGUUCCCACCAUCAUGGAGGACGAUGACCAAGAGGUGGAUUCUGCUGAUGAAUCAGUUUCCAAUGACAUGAUUGCUGCUACAGAUGAGCCUUCUAAGAUGUCUUCUGCGACGGGCCGGAGGAUACGGCGGUUCAAGCAAGAGUGGCUUAAAAAGUUUUGGUUUCUGCGGUACUCCCCGACACUGAAUGAGAUGUGGUGCCAUGUCUGUAGGCAGUACACAGUGCAAUCUUCUCGGACUUCAGCCUUCAUCAUUGGCUCUAAGCAGUUCAAGAUACACACGAUAAAGCUUCACAGCCAGAGCAACCUCCACAAGAAGUGCCUGCAGCUUUACAAGCUCAGGAUGCACCCAGAGAAGACAGAAGAGAUGUGCCGAAAUAUGACCCUGCUCUUCAAUACAGCCUACCACCUGGCCCUGGAGGGCAGGCCCUACUACGACUUUCGGCCUCUGGCAGAACUACUGAGAAAGUGUGAACUCAAGGUGGUGGAUCAGUACAUGAAUGAAGGAGACUGCCAGAUCUUAAUUCACCAUAUCGCCCGGGCACUCAGAGAGGACCUGGUUGAGCGCAUCCGGCAGUCUCCCUUCCUCAGCAUCAUUCUGGAUGGGCAGAGCGAUGACUUGCUUGCAGAUACAGUUGCAGUCUAUGUGCAGUACACCAGCAGUGAUGGGCCUCCAGCAACUGAAUUCCUGUCUCUUCAGGAGCUCGGCUUUUCUACAACAGACAGUUACCUUCAAGCAUUAGACCGGGCUUUUUCCAGCCUGGGAAUACGACUGCAGGAUGAAAAGCCAACUAUCGGCUUGGGAGUUGAUGGUGCUAACAUUACCGCCAGCCUGAGAGCCAACUUAUUCAUGACAAUCAGAAAGACCUUGCCCUGGCUCCUCUGCCUUCCCUUUAUGGUGCAUAGGCCCCACCUGGAAAUUUUGGAUGCAAUUAGUGGGAAGGAGCUACCAUGUCUGGAGGAGCUAGAAAACAAUUUGAAGCAACUGCUCAGUUUCUAUCGUUAUUCUCCCCGACUCAUGUGUGAGUUAAGGGUCACUGCUGCCACUCUGUGUGAGGAGACCGAGUUCCUGGGGGACAUUCGAGCAGUGAAGUGGAUCAUUGGGGAGCAGAACGUGCUCAACGCUCUCAUCAAGGAUUACCUUGAGGUUGUAGCCCAUCUCAAAGAUGUCAGUGGCCAGACCCAAAGGGCAGACGCUUCUGCCAUUGCCUUGGCCCUCCUGCAGUUCCUGAUGGACUACCAGUCGAUUAAACUCAUCUACUUCCUGCUGGAUGUGAUUGCUGUGCUUUCACGCCUUGCCUACGUCUUCCAAGGGGAGUACCUUCUUGUGUCACAGGUGGAUGAUAAAAUAGAGGAGGCCAUCCAGGAGAUCAGCCGGCUAGCAGACUCCCCUGGGGAGUACUUGCAGGAGUUUGAGGAAAACUUCCGUGAAAGCUUUAAUGGCAUUGCUGUGAAAAAUCUACGGGUGGCUGAAGCCAAAUUCCAGUCGAUCAGAGAAAAGAUCUGCCAGAAGACCCAGGUGAUCCUAGCCCAAAGGUUCGAUUCCCGCAGCCGGACAUUUGUGAAGGCCUGUCAGGUAUUUGACCUUGCAGCUUGGCCCAGAAGCACUGAUGAGCUCAUGAGCUAUGGGAAGGAGGAUAUGGUACAAAUAUUUGAACACCUGGAGACAGUCCCAUCAUUUUCCAGAGAGGUUUGCCGAGAGGGGAUGGACACCCGAGGGAGUCUGCUGAUGGAGUGGCGAGAACUCAAGGUGGAUUAUUAUACCAAAAAUGGUUUUAAAGACUUGCUCAGUCACAUUUGUAAAUACAAACAGAGAUUUCCCCUCCUAAAUAAAAUAGUUCAGAUCCUCAAAGUCCUUCCCACCUCUUCGGCCUGCUGUGAGAAGGGGCGCACCGCGCUGCAGAGAGUGCGCAAGAACAACCGCUCUCGGCUCACGCUGGAGCAGCUCAGUGACCUGUUGACGAUUGCUGUUAACGGGCCACCCAUUGCCAACUUCGAUUGCAAAAGGGCACUCGAUAGCUGGUUCGAGGAGAAGUCAGGCAAUAGUUACGCGCUCUCGGCCGAAAUGCUGAGCAGGAUGUCAUCUCUUGACCAGAAGCCGAUGUUGCAGAGCAUGGACCAUGGCUCUGAGUUUUACCCUGAUAUUUAGGAAGGAAUGCCUCAGAUCAGAUAAUUUUUUUAAUCUAUACUCUAAACUUUGAUAUAUUAUAUAAAAUAUAUAUAUUAUCUAUAUUAAGGAAAAACCCACACUGAAAAUUUAAGACGAUGUGCGUCUGAUAGAAGCUAAGCAGAAUUUCAAAGAUUGAGACAAUGUUUAGACAUUUACUGGUGUCUCCAACCAUGGCAGCUGCAAUGUAGGUGGCAACAUUUCAUUCUUUAGAAGCAUGUGCUGGGGCCAUACUCUACAUGUUCAAACCUAACAACCUAUAAGCUAGACAACGGGUCUUUGUCAGCCUCAUCCUUCCAGCGGUUUCCUUUGUAUGUGUGUUGUCAGUUUGCUCUGUUGUUUUUUGUUUUGUUUAGUUUCAUUUUGGGGUUGAUUGUUUGGUUGAUUGUUUGUUUGUUUGUUUGUUUUCCCCUCAGUUUCAAUCUCUGCCUCUCUUUCCAUUGUUCAGCCCAGUUAUUGAGCCAUUUGAGCCUUUUGUUGGCAACCAUCAGAUUUCUGAUUUCUGACAGAGCAUCCCGUGUGUUUUGUUGCCCCCAGCUCCACCCAGUUCUCUUCAGUGGAGUGGAAGCUUUCUUCACUCAAAAAAUUACUGACAGGAGAGGAGGGCUGGGGGCAUUAUUUUGGGUUUUUAUUAUGAUUUAGAAACAAAUGCCUCCACUAUACUGUGAUGACCCUUUCUCAGUUCUCCCUACCUUUGGGCUGUAGAGUAAUACUUGGCUUUCAGCUCCUUUUAUGAUAACCAUAGUAUAAGUCUAUCAUACAUAUGUUAUAACAUGAUGUCAUGUGCAGACUAUAAAAUAGCAAAAUAGAGAAGGCAGGGGGAAAUUUUUGCAUUUAUAUUUUUAUAUUGUAUGAGAUAAAUAUAUAUAUAUACAACUAUUCAUUCAAAACCAGGGCUGCUGUGGAAGCUAGACAGCCAAUGAGUCGAGACCCACCUCUGGGCGGAGAUUCAAAGGCUUAAAAAAUUAUAAUCUAAUUUACAUUAUUUAUACCAUGUCUUUAUAAUCCUAGAUUGUUGUGGGGCUUUUGUUUUGUUUUGUUUUGUUUUGUUUGGAAUGACUGAAAGAAAAACCUGCUGCAGUUUGGUGGCAGGAGCUAUCAAUGCAAGAUUAUCUUGGAUUAUAUUAAUGUGUGAUGUCCUACAAAGGUUCACUUACUCUCUUGUGACCAAGGUAACAUGUUCCACAGCACAGCAGACUGAUGAUAGCAGGAAGAAGGGAUGCUCUGUUUCUUCCUGCAAGUUAUUUCUUCCUUUCUUGAAGGAAUGUGGAGUCCAUCUGAAAUGUGAAUGGGGGACUUGCACCUUCCAUCACAAAGAGAUUGUUUUGUGGGCUUGGGGCUCUUCUUUGUUUUAUUCUUUUAAAGUAAACAAGCUCCAUCCACACAAUAUCACUUCAGGUUAGAAAAGAG